CCUGAGCCUUCAAGCCUCUGGACUUGAAUCACAUCUACCACAAUGGCCCUCAAGUUCGGCUGCUCCAUUUUCAGCGUGGCGAUUCUAGUUUGCCUUCUUAUUUCCCUGAGCACUCCAGGGUAAUGUCACGAGCUUUGUUCUUGCGUGUCGCAGGCCUCUGCUCUGGUCUAACAUUCAUAUAACAGGGUCUCGGCAAAACGAAGCCACAAGAUCAAGAGCCACAAGAAUGUCAAGCUAACACCAAUGAGCCGCGUCGUAAACUCAGGACCUUCCAUGGUGUUCGAUGCUGGGGUCGAGGACCAUGCGUCCAUUGAUGCAGAUGGUCGUGGAUUUCACAUCUUUGAAGACAAUUCAGGAACUGCUCGUGUGCGAUCUUCAUCCCGUUAUGGGACAGGAACAACGUUUUCAGGAGACGUCAUGAUUCCAAGUGGUGAAACGAGUGGCAUUGUGUCAUCUUUUUACUUGUCCUCGCUCGAAGGAAGCACAACGCAAGACGAGAUCGACUUUGAAUGGCUUGGCAAGAACAACAUGCAGGUUCAGACAAACUACUAUGUCAAUGGGUAAGAUUUCUCUUUCAUCUUCAAGUACCUUCUUCCCUUACACAAGCAUCGACGACAAAUGAUCGUCUGUUGACAGAGUUGGUGGACACGAGGUGCUCAUUGACCUCGGAUUCGAUGCAAGCAAAAAUUUCCACUCGUACUCCGUUACAUACGACGAUGACAAGAUUCAGUAAGCAGAUGCCCGUUUUGGUUGUUCAUUUCUCUGAACUCGUCUGACGGAUUUCUUCUGCAGAUGGUUCAUUGAUGGCGAACUCGUGAGGACCGUGCUGAAAUCAACGAGCGAUUCCUUUCCUUCUAUGAACGUCUAUUUAUACUCCAGCAUAUGGAACGCUUCUUUCAUCAAUGGUGGUUCUUGGGCUGGAGUCAACAGCGACCCUACAAAUGCCCCCUACACAAUUGUUGUCAAGAACAUCAGCAUUCAGUAGAUUUGUGGUACAUCAUUCUGUUGUACGUCUAUUUAUUGUAUGUAGAGUAACCAAGAUAAAUCUAU